AUGCCUGGACCAGAAAUGAACUGCUCUUGGUUUGGGUUAUCGUACAAAGGGUCAUUUCAUGUGCUGAGAGCUGGAGAGCAAAUUUCUACUCAAGCCUUCAGUCCAUUAGAGAUGACUUGGUCCACUGUGGUGGAUAUCUGGCCUCUCCCUAGGAAGAUGAAUUAUGCUGUUCAGGUGAUGAAAGAUGAUCGACUCUACUCUAUAGUAACCCAAGUACUGGGAGGAAGUUUGAUCCAGACUAGGGAUACAGAUGAUGAAGGAGAAUGGUAUACUCUUGGCUCAGUUCCUUGUGGUGUCGUUCUUCCUGAUGAUCCGAGAGAGCCACAGGUGCUCGGACACGGGUUUGCAGCUCUAAGGGAUGAGCUUUAUGUUAUAGGAGGCCGGUUCCUUAAACUGGAAAAAUCAGGUGCAGGGGGAUUUGAGAGAUUGUCUGUCGUGAGGGUAUGUGACCCUUUAGUUAGGCCUCUGAUCUGGAGAGAGGCCAAACCUAUGUACCUUCCAGCCGGUGGGCCUAUCACUGGGUGUGCAUCCUUGGAAGAAUCAUCUCCACCUUAA